CACACAAAAACACAUCUACUUGUUGGAUAGGAUUUUUAGAUUUGGCCUUCUUCAACCAACAAAAAAAUACGUUCAUAUUUAACAAAACAAAUAUUGGUUCCAAGGGGAGGAAAGGCUAGAGUGUAGAUACAUAUAUGGAAUUAUUACUUAGUAGUUUAUCUGUUUUCCAAUGAUUGAGUUGUCUUGCCUUAUAUUUGGCUAGUAUUUCUGUUAACAAGUGAAGUUAAGUAGUGCUCUAGUACUGAGUCUUCAAGAUGAAGCCUAUAGAAAAUGGCAAUACCGUUAACAUCAACUAUCAAAAUAGCUGGUUAGGCUUCUCCCUCUCCCCACAAAUGAUCAAUAUAGGUGUUCCUUCACACCUUCAUCAGACACAGCCUUCACCCGCAGCUGUUGAAACUGUUCCACCAAGCUUUUAUCAUCAUACACCUCUCCAUAGCUAUGGCUCUUACUAUGGACUGGAAGGUGAACACGUUGGAUUGAGUUCAUCCUUGCCUAUCAUGCCCCUUAAAUCCAAUGUCUCUCUCUCUGGAAUAGAAGCUCUGAGUAGAUCACAAGCACAAGCAACGAUAACUACUUCAGCAAUGCAUCCAAGGUUAAAUAAUAUGCUUUACAACCAGCUCUUAUGCCAUGGACUAAACAAUCCAAACAACUUAAAUCACAUUCAAGAGAAUAUCAGCCAGCAACAAUUCUCGUAUUACUCUACCUUAAGAAACCAUGAUAUGAUUUUAGAAGGUUCCAAGCACCAGCUCCCAUGUAUAGCUGAAGAUGAAAAUCCGGGUUUGAAGAGUUGGUUCUCAAGGGACUUCCCUGCUAGACAUGGAGAAGAAUCAAGGAUGAUUGUUCCUUUGGAGGACAAUAAUGGAGGCGAAUCUGGAUCCAUUGGAUCAAUAACAUAUGGGGAUUUGCAUUCAUUGAAUUUGUCUGUGAGUCCUACCUCAGGAUCAAGCUGUGUUACAAGUUCACCUGCUAUCACUAAUACUGUUGCCACUGAUACCAAGAAAAGGGGGCUUCAAAUGGUGGACCAGAAUCAGAAGCAAAUAGGUCAUAGGAAAUCCAUAGAUACCUUUGGGCAAAGAACAUCUCAAUAUAGAGGUGUAACAAGGCAUAGGUGGACUGGUAGAUACGAAGCUCAUCUAUGGGACAACAGCUGCAAGAAAGAGGGCCAAGGAAGGAAAGGAAGGCAAGUUUAUCUAGGGGGUUAUGAUAUGGAAGAAAAAGCUGCAAGAGCUUAUGAUAUGGCCGCACUCAAGUAUUGGGGACCCUCCUCCCAUAUAAAUUUCCCUUUGGAAAAUUAUCAAAACGAACUUGAGGAAAUGAAGAACAUGACGAGACAAGAAUAUGUAGCUCAUUUACGAAGGAAAAGCAGCGGAUUCUCAAGAGGGGCCUCCAUGUACAGAGGAGUAACAAGGUCUCACAGGCUAGCAUUUACACAGCACCACCAACACGGAAGGUGGCAAGCUCGAAUUGGAAGAGUGGCUGGAAACAAAGAUCUAUAUCUUGGAACCUUCAGUACCCAAGAGGAAGCAGCUGAAGCCUAUGACAUUGCUGCUAUUAAAUUCAGAGGAGUUAAUGCUGUUACAAACUUUGAUAUAACAAGAUAUGACGUGGAAAGAAUUAUGGAGAGCAAUAACCUUCUUAGUAGUGAACAAGCUAAGCGGAAAAGAGAGAUGGAUGAUGGAACUAGAAGCGAGGCUACAGUUAACCAAAAACCUUGUACUACUCAAGAAACCGUUCUGAUGCAGAAAAGAUGCAGAAGCCAAUCAGAAUGGAAGAUGGUUCAGUAUCCAUCCUCCCAACAGCUUGAUCAGAAUCCACAAAGAAUUGAGUGUAGUAGAACUGAGUCCUUGUCAACUGCUUUAGAUAACAUGUUUCAUCACCAAGUUGAGGAAUCGAGUAACAUGGGAACACACUUGUCAAAUCCUUCUUCUCUGGUGACAAGUUUGAGUAGCUCAAGAGAAGAGAGCCCAGAUAAGACAAGCUUGCCAAUGCUCUUUGGAAUGCCUUCAACAGUGUCCAAAUUAUUGGCUGACGUGGAUUCUUUGGAUCUAUCUUCCAAUCUCAGGCCUUCGCUUUCUAUUCCUCAGAUGCCAAUUUUUGCUGCUUGGACCGAUGCAUAAUCCUAUGUUUUUUUACCUCCAUCAAAAUGGCAAAAGCUUGUUUUGAAUGCUUGUUUACUAAACCAGGGUGUGAAUUUCCAGCUAGUACAAUAGGGAGCUUGUGCCCAUGUUUAAAAUGUUAACUGUUACAUUAAACAUUUUCCUCGUACGAUGAGAGGAAAACUCCUAAAGUUUAGUGUAUCGCUUAGCACUCCAAAUUCGCAUCAUCAAUUUUUCGGUGUUAGAAUCUUAUCUAAAGGUUAUUUUGAACCUUAACUAAUUCUAAUCAUGUUUAAUUAGUGUCA